GAAAUCGAAUCUGCAUGUGCUCUCCAUUGAGAAGUGAUUGUGCGAUAAUGUCUGUGUAUUUCAGAAACUUGGCUAUAGGCAUUGGCAUUCAGAAUUUCCCAGAAGGCCUUGCUGUGAGUCUUCCAUUACAGGGUUCAGGGGUGUCCACAUGGCGAUCUUUCUGGUUUGGACAGCUGAGUGGGAUGGUCGAACCUCUAGCUGGGUUGUUAGGGGCCAUUACCGUGGUGCUGGCAGAGCCAUUGCUACCGUACACUCUUGCCUUUGCUGCAGGAGCCAUGGUGUAUGUCGUGGUUGAUGACAUCAUUCCCGAAGCCCAAGUCAGUGGGAAUGGUAAGCUGGCUUCCUGGACACCCAUUCUUAGCUUCAUUGUGAUGAUGUCACUGGAUGUCGGACUUGGCUGAGCCUUUUCAUUGGUUGAAACUUCGACUGAUGUCGAGAAUGUCAGCAGAC